AUGUUAAUGGACGGCGUAUCGGAUGUGAUUGCUGAGGGUUCUUCUGAGAAUCCCGCUACUAAAAUAAAACCUUCACGAUCUACAGGUUCUUCAGGUGCAACGGCAGAGGAAGUACCGAAGUAUAACUUUGGUGAAAAAAAGAAGAAGAAGGCACCGACAUCUGGUGAUGCUUCAAAAACAGAAAUCAUUGAUGGUACCGGUCAAGUUUUUGUACGUGGUCAUAUUUAUCCUUAUGAGGAGCUUUUGACGCGUGUCCAAACGUUGAUCAAUACACAUAGCCACGACCUAUCGGGAAAUAAAAAAUACACUAUCCGCCCACCACAGGUUGUUCGUGUUGGUUCUAAGAAGGUUGCCUGGAUCAACUUUAAGGAUCUUUGCACUGUGAUGCGUCGAAGCACAGAUCAUGUGCAUCAAUUUGUGUUAUCUGAGCUUGGUACUGAGGGUUCCAUUGCUGGUGACGGUCAAUUGGUGCUAAAGGGGAAGUACGGCCCCAAGAACAUUGAGAGUCUGCUACGCAAAUACAUUACUGAAUAUGUGACAUGUUCCAUGUGUAAAAGCGCAAACACGACAAUGGAGCGUGACUCACGUGCGAGAUUAUUCACUCAGCACUGCGAGGCAUGUGGUGCCAACAGGUCUGUGAAUCCUAUCAAGAACGGUUUCCAUGCUUUGAACAGAGGAGAGCGUCGGAAGGCGAAGGUUUGA